AUUUGCAGAAUAAUGCGGAUUAAAUGUGAAUAAAAGUCCGUUUAUUUGUGUUUAUUACAGAUUAUAAAGAUGAAUAAAGGCUGGCUGGAGCUGGAGAGUGAUCCAGGAUUGUUCACUCUGCUGGUGGAGGACUUUGGUGUGAAGGGCGUUCAGGUGGAGGAGAUCUACGACCUUCAGAGCCGCUGUCAGAGCCCCGUGUACGGCUUCAUCUUCCUCUUCAAAUGGAUCGAGGAGCGGCGCUCCAGGCGGAAGGUCUCCACCCUGGUGGACGAGACCUCGGUCAUCGACGACGAGAUCGUCAACGACAUGUUCUUCGCCCACCAGCUGAUUCCCAACUCGUGCGCCACCCACGCCCUCCUGAGCGUGCUCCUGAACUGCAGCGGCGUGGAGCUGGGCAGCACGCUGAGCCGCAUGAAGAGCUUCACCAAGGGCUUCAGUCCUGAGAGUAAAGGCUACGCCAUCGGGAACGCUCCAGAGCUAGCCAAGGCGCACAACAGCCACGCCAGGCCGGAGCCGCGGCACCUGCCGGAGAAGCAGAACGGCAUCAGCGCCGUGCGCACCAUGGAGGCUUUUCACUUCGUCAGCUACGUACCUAUCAAGGACCGACUGUUCGAGCUGGACGGGCUCAAGACCUACCCCAUCGACCACGGACCCUGGGGCGAGGACGAGGAGUGGACGGAUAAAGCUCGGAGGGUCAUCAUGGAGCGGAUCGGACUGGCAACCGCAGGCGAGCCGUACCACGACAUCCGCUUCAACCUCAUGGCGGUGGUUCCCGACCGCCGCGUGAAGUACGAGUCCAGGCUGGAGGUGCUCAAGCGCAACCGGCAGAUCAUCCUGACCGGUCUGGAGCAGGCCAUCCGAGCUUCCCAGGUGGACGCGUCGCAGGAACGUAAGCGGCAGGACUCCUCCCCCUCCGGAGACACGCCCACUGCCGUGAAAAAGGAGGAGGGGGCGGAGACACCUGUUAGUAAUGCUGCUCAAGCUCCGCCCACAGAUCCUGCCGAUGUCCCGAGCGCUCCAGGAGCCUCCGCCACCUCAGUGAAGCAGAAAGGUGCGGCGAAGGCCGGCGCCCAGCCUCCAGGGGGCGCCAUCGCCAAUCCCAACCCCAUCGUCCAGCGCCUGCCCGCCUUCCUGGACAACCACAACUACGCCAAGUCGCCCAUGCAGGAGGAGGAGGACCUGGCUGCAGGAGUGGGCCGUACCCGGGGGGCCGCGCCCCCACAGCCCCGGUACUCCGACGACGAGGAGGACGAAGAGGACGAAGAGGAGGAGGAAUCUGCCGUCGCAGACACUUCCAGCAGGUUCCAAAAGAAGACGGGGCUUCGGUCUCAGAGCGCUGCUCGACCCGCCGCGGGGGGCGGGGGCGGAACCUCGGGCGCGGAGGGCCAGCAAGCUCCGAACCCGCUGACCGAGAACCUGAAGAAGGAGCCGCAGAAGAAGGACGGCGCAGCGGCGGCGGCAGCGGCGUCUGGCCCCGCCCCGCUCAGCGUGCGCACCGAGGGUCGGACGGGGGGCAUCAGCAUCACGCCGGCGUGCCAGCCGUCGCCCACGCCCAGCAACGAGAGCACCGACACGGCCUCCGAAAUCGGCAGCGCCUUCAACUCGCCCCUGCGCUCGCCCGCACGCUCACAGGCCGCCACCCGGCCCUCGAGUCCCGUGGCGUGCCACCUGAGCCGGGUGCUGUUCGGCGACGACGACGCCCUCCUGCGACUCGACACCCGGCACAACCGAGCCGUGCGGGACCUGGGGACGCUGGUCAGCUCGGCGCAACUGGAGCUGAAAGAGGACGGGACCAUCGUCACCCUGCCGUCUGCAGACGUGGCGCCCGACGGGACGAGGAAACCCGCCGGCACAGAGAACACAGAGCCCAGCGAGAAGAAAGGAGCCGGUCUGGAUCGGAAGGAGGAGGGAGCGCAGGAGCCGGCGGAGGAGAAGAUGAAAAAAGAAGUGGAGGAGGAGGAGGAGGAGGCGAUGGAGGAUAAAGCGAACACACAGAACCCGGACUUCACCGAGCCCGAGGCGCUCACCAAACCACUCGGGGAGAAAUACUCACCCAAAGAGCUGUUGGCGCUGCUGAAGUGUGUGGAGGCCGACAUCGCCAACUACGAGGUGUGUCUGAAAGAGGAGGUGGAGAAAAGGAAGAAGUACAAGAUCGACGAUCAGAGAAGAACCCAUAACUACGACGAAUUCAUCUGCACCUUCAUCUCCAUGCUGGCGCAGGAAGGUAUGCUGGCCAGUCUGGUGGAGCAGAACAUCUCGGUACGCCGGCGCCAGGGCGUGAGCAUCGGCCGCCUCCACAAACAGCGCAAGCCCGACCGGAGGAAGCGAUCCCGGCCCUACAAAGCCAAGCGGCAGUGAGGCCGGUGUUGAUGGACACGCCAAACACUAGUCCUGGUCAACGCACUGACUGGAAUGAUUUUUACUGUUUAUCACACAGAAGAAACUGGUGAAAGUGUACGCGACUCUGGUGGAGGCACUUGCAAAAAGCCAAGCACUAGUGAACUCGUUCGGACAGUAAAACGUGGUGGUCUUAAACGUACAUGUCAAGAUUCAUCUCAGCUAAACAGCAGAACGGAAAAACACGGCGCCAUUGAACGCGCGUCCAGUGCUGCUGAACGGUUCCAAACUCUGAACCAAAGGGGGAACCAGAGGAAAAUCCACAAAAGAUAUAAGACUGAAAGGUCAGCAGUUCCAGUCCGAAAGCCCGAACAGUGUGGACGUGUGUUAAUAUUAUUUCUGUUGUUGUUUUCUCAUGGACCAAUCACUGACGUGAUGAAUGGAGGUUCUUCAGGCUGCUGGUCUUCACCACACGACGAGGACUCUGGGGAGAAGAAUGUGCCUUCUGCUUGUAAAUAUUCUGCUUCCAUGAAACAACAGUCCUCAUGGUGCCAGUUUCACCUAAAAUAAUCAGUGUUAUGAAAUGAAAACACACCCACACACAUUAACCCUCACCCUCCAUGUCAUGAACACACAGAUCUCGACACUUUAUAAACUUCUGUACUGUUUGUUUAUUAGAUGCUGAUGGAUUUUGGAUGGAGCAGGUGGAAAUGUGAAGCUCUGCAUGUUUGUUUGAAUCUUUAUUCUUAUUGUACAUAUUAGUAAAUGUGUGUGUGUAUAGAUGUGUGUAAUAUUCUUCCUGAUAAUAAUAAAACUUAGUAAAUAUA